CCAGAGGAGGCCUUGGUAUUUUUUAUGAGGGCUGGUUUCAGAGAUAGUCCCAAAUGGGGGAUGCUGUUUUGGGAAGGAGACCAAAUGGUAAGUUGGCAGACUCAUGAUGGAAUAAAGAGUGCUGUUGUUGGUCUACUCAGCAGUGGAAUUUCUGGGUAUGCUUUUAAUCACAGUGAUAUUGGAGGGUACUGUGCUGUAAACUUACCGUUUAUUAAUUACCGAAGAAGUGAAGAGUUGUUUUUGCGAUGGAUGGAGCUAAAUGCUUUCACAACUGUUUUCCGGACACAUGAAGGAAACAAACCAUCUUGCAACAGCCAAUUCUACUCCAAUGACCGGACUCUAUUCCAUUUUGCACGCUUUGCUAAAAUCUAUAAAGCUUGGAAGUUCUACAGAGUCCAGCUUGUUCAGGAAGCCGCUCAAAAAGGUCUUCCUGUAUGCCGCCACCUAUUUCUGCAUUACCCAGAUGAUGAACAUGUGCACAGUUUGAGCUACCACCAGUUUUUGGUCGGUACUGAGAUUCUAGUGGUGCCCGUCCUAGACAAGGGCAAAAAUAACGUCAAGGCCUAUUUUCCAACAGGAGAAAGUUGUACUUGGCAACAUAUAUGGACUGGAAAACAUUUUAGAAGGCAGGGUGUUGAAGCCACAGUAGAAGCUCCAAUUGGCUGUCCUGCUGUAUUUGUUAAGACUGGCUCCAUUGUUGGAGAGACUUUUUUGAAAAAUCUUAUAGAUUUGAAGGUUCUUUAAGAAAGCAGUCCUCAAAGAGGUUUCAUUUCUCAAGGCACUUUUUAAUUUUAUGCAUCACAUUCUCCA